UGCUUCUUCUAUAAUAUUUAAUAAAGAAACUGCGACUAUUUUAAAUCAAGCUCGUUCUCGUUCAAUUGUUGUAGAUUUGGAUAAAACAGAUUCGGUGAUUAUAAAAGUUAAUAGUGAAGGAAAAAAAUUAAAACCAUACCAAUCAGAUGAUUCAGAAUUAUCUAACAAUUUAAAAUCUGAAGAAUCGGAAAAUUCUGAUUCAGAGAUUGAUAUUUUAUCUCUACAAUCAACUAACAAUGAAACAAAUAGUGUUCCCCUUCCUUGUCUUGAUAAUAUUCUCUUGAAUGAUAAUACUCCAGAGAUUACCAAUACUCCUGAGCAAGUUGGUAUUAGUGACAAUAGUUCAUUAUAG